GGCACCUUUGGCAGCCUGGGUUUGCAGGUUUGCACCUAAUUCUUCCCGUCCAAAUCACGCUUAUGGUGUGUUGCUUUCCGUCCACUUUUUUUUCUGCCCCCCUUUGAUCAAAAAGAAGAGUGAGACUAAGGCUGCAACCCAACCCAGAUCACCCGCCCACCUCCCGCUUACUACAAAUACCUCCCCCCACCCACCUCCUCCAUCUUUCCUACAUCUCCUCAUCCACGUCGACUCUUAUCUCAAUCAACCAUCGACUUUUCCAUCAAUAACCUUAUUUUCCAUCUUCAAGUCGACUAAAUCCAUCAAACCUAAUCUGCUACAAUGGCCAGAACCAAGCAGACUGCCCGUAAGUCCACUGGUGGCAAGGCUCCCCGUAAGCAGCUCGCCUCCAAGGCUGCCCGUAAGGCCGCCCCCUCGACCGGUGGUGUCAAGAAGCCUCACCGCUACAAGCCCGGUACCGUCGCUCUCCGUGAGAUCCGUCGCUACCAGAAGUCCACUGAGCUCCUGAUCCGCAAGCUGCCCUUCCAGCGUCUGGUUCGUGAGAUCGCUCAGGACUUCAAGUCGGACCUCCGCUUCCAGUCCUCCGCCAUCGGUGCUCUGCAGGAGUCCGUCGAGGCUUACCUCGUCUCCCUCUUCGAGGACACCAACCUGUGCGCCAUCCACGCCAAGCGUGUCACCAUCCAGUCCAAGGAUAUCCAGCUGGCCCGCCGUCUCCGCGGUGAGCGCUCGUAAAUUUCGAUUCUUAAUUGAGUCAUUCUUUGGGUUGGCUCUUAUGGGAUGGCGAUAACGGGGUUUUGCUUUAAUUUUUCUCUUACGACUGGCGAUCAAUGAUGGGUUUUUUCAUUUUUUAUUCCAAUAUCACGGGUUUCGGCUAUGGGUUCUAGUUGUUUUCUCUGCGCAAGACCUAGGAGGCUGCUCUACGGGGCAGUCGGGUGGAUUGCUGGGGUGCAUCAAUCAUGUACAUUAUGGAACUGUUUUCCCAAUGGUGACCUUCAGCGCCACCGAUGGCAUAGACCAAUACAUCUAUGACCAGACAAUCCACCGAAUUAUGAUCA